GCCGGCGCGCCUCCUAUUUCCGGCCGCCAUGGUGGAGGAGGCAUCGGCGUCGGCGCUGGAUUCGUUCCGACGCCGUUGGCAAGCCGAGCUAGCCCGGGAUGAUCCGAGGCGGCGGAGGAAGAGCGGCGGGAGCCGGAAAAGGCCUCGAAAUGCGGAAGGCGAAGAGCCGCCGCAGCCGGUGCGAAGCUGGGGCGGCUACGGGGGUCUCCUGGAGGGGUUGCUGGAGGAAGAGCCGCCGCUUCCCCGCCUCCUCCGCAUCUCUCCCGGGCCUCAGGUGGAGGCCGGCCCCGCUGCAGAGACCCCCGGAGGAGGAGGAGGAGGAGGAAAGGAGGACCUGCUGGGGCAGCUCAUUCAAGACUUGAACGAAAUUAACGAAGUUCCCUUCUUUGACGUCCAGUUGCCUUAUGAGUUGGCAUUAAAAAUAUUUCAGUCCCUUGGCAGACUGGAGCUGGGCAGGUGUGCUCAGGUGAGCCGUACGUGGAAGGUACUGGCUGAAGACCAAGUCCUCUGGUUCCGGCUUUGUCAACAGGAAGGUUAUCUGCCUGACAGUCAAAUCUCAGACUUCCCCUGUUGGAAACAGACCCUCCGGGAAUGUCGGGAAAAGGAACAGACUCUGAGAACCAACUGGAAAAAUCGCGUCGGGGUUAUGAGCCAGUUGCAGCACGAAGUCGGGAACAUUCUGUGCGACGUGCAUUCCUACAACGGAGUGGUCAUUGCUGGAUACACGUCGGGCGAUGUGAAGCUGUGGGACACGCGCACCUGGGACUAUUCGGCCCCCGUUCUGGAGCCGGAGCAUGGCUUGGUGGAGCCUGGCCCCCGGCCACAUGCCUCCUUUGUGAGAAUAAACAGCUCUCUGGCUGCGUCGGCGUACGAGGAUGGGUCAGUGAAAGUGUGGAGCCUGCUGGUCGGUUCGGAGCCAAUCCACCGGUACCAGCACAGCCAGAAGAUUCAAGCCAUGGUCCUUUCGACCGAGGGGCCCACUGUAGCGACUGCAGCCGGGUUCCAGGUCAAAGUGGAAAGCGCCAACGACAAAGGAUACUGGGGAACCCUGGCUGAGUUUGAGAUUCAGAAAUGGGUCAGCUUGCUGUGUCUUACGCCCCAAACUUCGGGCUGCCCGGCUGCCGUAGUAGCAGCGGAGGACGCCAUCUACUUCUUGAAAGAAGGACAGCCGGCUAAAGUCCUGCAUUGUGUCUACGGCCAGCCUGUCACCUGUCUGGACGUCUCGGCCAAGGAGGUGGCAUUCGGAGUCAGAGGCCACGGCUGGCUGAUUAACGAGACCAACAAGAUUCUCCUCUAUAACGUGGAAACGGGGCAGUGUGUAACGCAACUCGGCGGUCCUUUGGGUGACUUCACAUGCCUCAAUCUCCAGGACAGUCCCCCACACAUGCUGGUAGCUGGAAAUAAAGUCAAAAGGGUGAUGGUGUACGACCUCCGCAGGAGUGAACCUGUCUCCUCGCUUUACGGCCAUCAGUUGGGGGUCUCGGCGGUGCAGAUGGACGACUGGAAGGUGGUCAGCGGCGGAGAGGAAGGGCUGGUCUGUGUCUGGGACCAGCGGAUGGGCAGCAAGCUCUGGGAAAUGCAUGCCAGGCACCCAGUUCGCCACCUCCGCUUCAACUCCCACAGCCUCGUCACGGCCAACGUCCCCAAUGAGAAAACUCCCCGGGGUGCCAGCAUCACGGACGAUGACUUGACCGCUCACCGCAGGCAUCGAGGCGUCAUCUACGCCUACGAGUUCUCCGUGGACCAGUUGGUGGCAGAGAGCGUCCUUCCCAUCUGCCGUUCCUCUUACAACGAAAUGACCGGCUACAGCUACAAUAUCGGCCUCGUGGUCCCCUACGACGACAUCUAGGCAGCGCGGUGGGAAGGAGACCUGUUCUCUGUGGAGACCCAGAAGAAGACAAGAGAUUUUUCGUCGUCCGGGUCAUGGUUGUCCCAAAGUUGCUUUUCUUUCCAGCUGGACUUUCUGGUGUGUUUUGUUUUUUCUUUGAAGACGUUUCGCUCGUCAUCCGAGAAGCUUUUUGGAUGAGAAGCGAAACGUCUUCGAGGAGAAAGGAAAUCCAGUGUCCACUUGGAAGGAAAAGCACCUUUGGAACAAGGGAAGAUUAACUAAGCUGGACCCUGGAGAAGGGGAACCCCAAGGAUGGAGUUCCUACAGAGCUCUCCGGCGAGGACUCGGGCUGGCCAAGCAGGCAGCGGCAGAAGUGGGUGAACAUGGGGAUCUCCCAAAACCUCUAACACCACCAAUUGUAGGAACGAAGAGAUCAGGGGUGGGCUCUGGGGUGAAAUCUAAUUUUUUUUUUUGCUACUGAUUCUGUGGGCGUGGCUUGGUGGGGGUGUCAUGUGACUGGGUGGGCGUGGCUAUGUGGCUGGAGGAAUCAAAAGACAGAAACUCACUAACCAUGUCCUGCUGGAGCAGGGUUGGACUAGAUCAGAGGUCUCCAACCUUGGCCCCUUUAAGACUUGUGGACUUCAACUCCCAGAGUUCCUCAGGAAUUCUGGGGGUUGAAGUCCACAAGUCUUAAAGGGACCAAGGUUGGAGACCCCUGGACUAGAUGACCUCCAGGUCCCUUCCAGCCCUGGAUUAUCCUCUGAAGCUGCAUCUAGUGCCAGGUUUGUACCCCUUCCUUCCUCUCCUCCUUUCCUUCCCUGCCUCCCUCCUUUCUCUCUCUCUCUCUCUUUC